AUGCCUUUCAUCCUCGACAAGGAACAGAAGAGCUCACUCGACCGUAAUGGUUACUCGAUCAUUAGAGAUCUGCUGACAGCCUCCGAAACGGAAGAGCUACAACGAUGGGCGCAAGAGAUGCCGUACGAAGAAAUCAAUUCAGAUGGCAAACGAGUGCUCUGUAGAACUGAGAACUAUGCUGGCUCGCAUGCCGGGCUCAAUGCUCUGCUUCGUGGCGAGCAUCUGUUAAGCGUCCUACGUGAGCUUGCUGGCGAGGACAUGGUGCUGUUCAAGGAAAAGAUCAAUUACAAGCUGGCCGGCAGCGGCGGCUUCGCGGCACACAUUGACAGCACAGCGUAUGUGCAGGUCAAGCAGAUCAAGCAUCUCGCCAUACUGCUGGCUGUUGACCCAUCUGAUCUGUCGAACGGCGGCUUGGAGGUCGUGAACGGCUCGCAUCGCUUGAAAGUGCCCAUUGGAGCAGACAACUGCAUCGAGCCAUCGUGGAUUGCACAACAGACGUGGACGCCAGUCGAGCUCAAAGCCGGAGAAGCGUUAAUAUUCGGCUCAUCGCUGGCUCAUCGAUCGGCGGCAAACACGAGCAGCCAGGAUCGAAAGGCGUUGUACGCUACUUACAACGUAGCAUCAGACGGUGACCUGCACGACGAGUACUAUCGACGGCGUCGAACUGAGUAUCCGCCCACCCAUUUACGCAAGCCAGGCGAGCGGUUCGAAGCUGGCGCGCUGAGGUAUGGAUACGGAUCGCCGAUGCUGUCUGUAGACUUGGGCCACCAAUUAGCUGUAUAG